CCUCCUCCUAAUCCAAUGACGGGUAUGGGUGGAGCAGGAUUGAUGGGAAUGGGAUUUCCUCCGCCGCAAAUGAUGAGGAUGGGUGGACCAGGAAUGCCAGGAUUGGUACCUAGCGGGCAAGGAAAGCCUGGAAAUGAGGACUCCUCUCCCAAUGUUCCGAAGUGA